AUGAGCACUGAAAGCAUGAUCCGGGAUGUGGAACUGGCUGAGGAGGCACUCCCUAAGAAGUCAGGGGCCCCUCAAGAUUACAGACGGUGCCUGUUCCUCAGUCUCUUCUCCUUCCUGCUUGUGGCAGGAGCUACCACACUCUUCUGUCUGCUGCACUUCGGAGUGAUCGGCCCCCAGAGGGAAGAGUUUCCAGAUGGCUUGCACCCAAUCAGUCCCUUGGCCCAGACUCUCAGAUCAUCUUCUCGAACUCCGAGUGACAAGCCUGUAGCCCAUGUUGUUGCAAACCCCCAAGACACAGGGCUCCAGUGGCUGAGCCGGCGUGCAAAUGCCCUUCUGAACAAUGGUGUGGAGCUGAAAGACAACCAGCUAGUGAUACCUUCUGACGGGCUGUACCUCAUCUACUCCCAGGUCCUCUUCAAGGGCCAAGACUGCCCUGCAACCCAUGUGCUCCUCACCCAUACCAUCAGCCGUUUCGCCGUUUCUUACCAGACCAAGGUCAAUCUCCUAUCUGCUAUCAAAAGCCCCUGCCAGAGGGAGACCCCAGAAGGGGCUGAUUCCAUGCCCUGGUAUGAGCCCAUCUAUUUGGGAGGGGUCUUCCAACUGGGGAAGGGAGAUCGACUCAGCGCUGAGGUCAACCUACCCAACUAUCUCGACUUUGCUGAGUCUGGGCAGGUUUACUUUGGGAUCAUUGCCCUGUGAGGGGGA